AUGUCUGUAGCAUUUAUCAUUGAUGUUCCAUACCGUCUGCUUAUUUUCAACCUAAUAAAAGAUGUUGAAGUUUGUCUGUUGUGUGGUUCGAGCCCAACUCUAGGAAAGCUCGAGAAAGAGAUAACAAGGUUCUGGAAACCAGCUCUUGACACUUUGAAAUCAGUCCGACAGGUUUUCCCAAGAAAUUUUCAAAUUACUUCUUCCAUUGAUCCAAACAUUCUUGGGUUUCUGUUACUAAAUAACGAAACUCACAGAUGUCUUAGUACAGUCUCACUAGUUCCUGAAGAUUCUCAAGACAAACCAACUUUAUCCCGAAAGGAACGGAUAGAAAUCUUACGAAGCUUCUACCAUCAGAUUAUUGGCUCGUUUUUUGCCUCAACUGUUGAUCAGAGCAACACAGAUCCUUCCAAGUUGAGCCACAGUGCUACAGAGACCUACAUUACUACUGAUACCCACAAGUGCUAUGCAAUUCAGUCUCUUCCAUAUCAAUUCUUUGUUCUUUAUAACAAUGAUAUUCCAACCUAUGCAAUGCGCAAUGUCACCCAGAAGACACUAUCCAUACUCACCAAGGAUAAAUCCAUUCAGAUUUAACAAGUGUUAAUCAACCAUAUAAACCUUCUUCUAAUCACUAGUUUUACAAUUAACAUUAGUUUUAGUUUUAAGACUCUAACCAUUUGUACUCCCUUCAUGUGAAACUUCCUUCACAGCUGUGGAAUUGUUUGAUUUGUAAAGAGUUCAUUAAAUAAAAGCUUCAAUUCACUUACAAAAUUCUUACUUUAAUACAAAACACUGAUUCAUUCUAACAAGAAAAACAAGUAUCAUGUACUGUUUGUAGUUUAAUAAAACCUUUUGUUCAAUCAA